GGGUCGAGGGCGCCCUUGGAUUGCGGUCCGUCGUGGUGUGCGGCAUCCUGCGCCCGCCGAGUCCGCGGUGCGACGCGAGAGACGGGCGCGCGUUGCCGUGCAGUCAGCAGCGCCGCCCCACCCAAGCAGGUGGCUUCAGCUUGUUGGGGUUUCGGCACUGCGACGCUGCUUGCGCCUGCCGUGGCGGCGGCAGGAAUGGAGCUGACGGCGCCACUGGCGUGGAGUUGGAGAAGCUGCCCUGCGCAGACGCCGAGGCAAACACAGUGGGUUGGGGUCGCAAUAUUCCGCCCGGACCCCGCGGCGGGAUCAUUUCGCGACGGCGCAUUGGGAAAGGCUUCCGGGUGGCCAGCGCGGGCGGCUGCGCAGCAUUGGCCGGGGGGACGCCGCGGCUCGGUGUCCGACACCAUUGUCGUGCCACUCCUAAUUGGGCGGCAAAGCCCUCGCCAGACAGCGGCCACCACAUCAUCGCAUUUGACGUGUAG